GUGCUUCGUGAAAGACGGAAGGAAUCACACGCGAGAAGGAAGACCCGAAUAUUCUCGGUGUAUAUAUAUUUCAAAAUAAGAUACAGUUCGUGUGUGUUGUUUUAGUGUAAGAUAUAAUUACGAGAGAUGAUGUCUUACGUUUGGAUAUUUUACAUCUGUAUAACAGGCAUUUACGCUGGUAUACGCACAAACCGCGCAUUUGGAAGCCAUCCAGCGACGAUAAAAGUCUCUGAGAACGACACUGUUUUACUACCUUGUUACGUGGAAGAUCAGGGCGUGCAAACUAGGGUGAGAUGGUGGCGAGAAGAGAUUCUUCUGGCUGACAGCUUUGAACAAGACAAAACAUCGUCCGAAAGAUACACCGUAUAUAGGAAUGGCAGUCUACAGAUCCUUCAUAUACAGCUGGAGGAUAGGGGGGAGUAUGUGUGUCAAGCGAUCCGACCUGCUCCUUGGGGAUAUGUUACGCAAGUACGCGAGAUCGAAGUGAUGUAUCCACCGAGUAUCAAGACGGUGCCUGCAUCCGGUGAGUUGGAAGUCAAUCUCGGGGAGGAGGUAGAUAUGCGGUGCGAAGCAAGGGGUGUGCCGUUCCCCAACAUAAGUUGGAGGACGAAGAACGAAGAAAUCCCAUUAUUGGACGACAGAUCGCAAUUGAAAUUUCACGCCGACAAUCGGAAUUUUUCCGGCAGGUAUACAUGCGUUGCCAAUAAUGGAGUCGGCGAUCCAGCAGUGGCGCACAUAGAUUUACGUAUUAAAUAUAAGCCGGAAAUCUACGUGAGGAAACCGUGGGUGCACACAUAUCCGGGAAUACGAGUGAAGCUGGACUGCACGGUGACAGCUUGGCCCGAAGCGGAAGUUGAAUGGUACUUUAAAAAUGAAACGUUGAAGGACUCCCCACAAGUAAUGGAGCUUAAUAUCGGAAACGACCACAGUCUUAUAAUAAAAAACGUGAAGACGACCGAUUACGGUUCCUAUUUCUGCAGAGCAUCGAAUAUUUUAGGAACUACCGAAAAGACCGUCGAACUAACAGCGAUCGCAAAUCCGGCAGUUUUCAAAAAGGAAUCACGUAGCACAUCGAAUACGUCUUACAAUUUCAUCUGGGAAGUUGACAGUUAUAGUCCCAUUAUCGAAUACCAAUUUUGGUUUCGUAAAUACAAGAGGGAUGUCGGUGGUAAAUGGCAUAAACUGUUUAUACCCGAUGGCACUGACGCCGUUAGCCCGGUGCAUACCCGCUCUUUCAAUUUAACGGGCUUAAACGCGGCGACACAUUACGAAGCUGUCGUUUUGUCCAGAAAUCGUUACGGAUGGAGCCAUCCCUCGGAGAUACUACACUUUCACACUGAAGGAGCCUCCGUUGGCUAUAGCGAAAAUCUCGAAAUAGAUGACAGUCAGAAACAGAACCGAGUGCCAGUCGUGAAAUUGAUGCCCAUGUCGCAACAUUAUCCUUUGGCAGCCGACACAAAUGGAUCGUGUAAUCAGACGAAGAUGUUAUCGUUAAUUUUAAGCAUACUGUGCAUUAUAUAUCUCGAUUAUAAUGUUCGACAACAAAUUUAAGUGAUGUAUACAAAAUGAAUAAAAAUAUAAAAUGGAUUAUUGUAA